AUGACUCGUGCAUCGGAGUUCGAUUUCAAAAGUCCCAUCAUUAGAUGGUCCGUGCGCAUUCUGAAGCCCUAUAAAAGGCUUGCUCCGACAUGCACCGCCUCCAUUCUUGGUUAUCUAAUUUUUGCCGCCCCAGUUCUUUGGGCUCUGCUUGCACCCCUUGGACGCGAUGACCUUGCUGCUGCACUACUGGCUUGUGUCGUCGGGGGAUCCUCCCUUUUUUUGGGCUCUCUCUUUGCUGGAACUUCAACUGCACAUCACUUGAUGAAGCAGUGGAUUUCAGCAAAUGGAUUGUUCUUCGAAAUUUUUGGAACCCUCUGCUUCGUGCAGCUUCUCGUCUAUGGUUCAUUCGAGCCCAUGGAUAGCAAGGUACAUUUGGAUUGUAGCUAUAUUAGUCUACUUGUUCAAUUUUCAAUGCUUGACUUUGAUUGUUUAUACAUUUUGAACGGGGAAACUUGGAGGAUGUUAUCACAUCUCGAUGCAGUCGUCUGCUUUCGCACCCUGUGUCUGAAGUGUGCCAUGUCUUCCAGAUGA